AUGAUGAGUACAAUAUCUUAUCCCAGUUACUCGAAAGAGGAGGAGGAAAAGAAAACUGUUUUCGAUAAUAGACAAAUAUUGAUCAAUGAAUUAGAUUUAGAGUCGUUGACUAGAGAAAAAAUUACUCGAUCUGAUUCUUCAUCUGAAGUUGAGGCAGAAGGCAACGGUAAGCUUAAACAAGGUUUAAGCUCACGUCAUGUUCAAUUCAUUGCUUUGGGCGGUACCAUUGGUACUGGUUUGUUUGUUGGUACGAGUGUCACUUUAAAGACUGUGGGGCCAGGAGGAUUGGUUAUAUCUUAUAUUAUUAUAUCCACUGUAAUCUACCCUAUUAUGAAUGCAUUGGGGGAAAUGGUCUGCUAUCUACCUGGUAAUGGUGAGGAUUCUGCCGGUUCUGUAGCUCAUCUUGUUGGAAGAUAUGUUGAUAAAUCACUGGCAUUUGCUACAGGUUGGAAUUACUAUUAUUGUUUUGUCAUAUUAGUCGCUGCUGAAUGUACCGCUGCUUCCGGUGUUGUCACUUAUUGGACGACAUCUGUGCCAACAGCUGUUUGGAUUACAAUAUUUUUAGGUAUCGUUACAUUACUGAAUUUUUCUGCCGUUAAGUAUUUUGGUGAAACAGAAUUUUGGUUUGCCAGUAUUAAAAUUUUAUGUAUUUUGGGAUUAAUUUUAGUAUCGUUCAUCUUAUUUUGGGGAGGUGGUCCUAGUCAUGUUCGCUUAGGAUUUCACUAUUGGAAAGACCCUGGGACUUUUGCCCAUCAUAUUACUGGGGGUUCAUGGGGGAGUUUCUUGGAUAUCUACACUGGUAUUAUUAAAGGUGCAUUUGCAUUUAUUCUUGGUCCUGAAUUGGUGGCUUUAACCAGCUCUGAAUGUAAUGAUCAGAGAAGAAAUAUUGCAAAAGCUUCAAAAAGAUUUAUUUGGAGAUUAAUGUUUUUUUAUAUUCUAGGAACACUGUCAAUUAGUGUCAUUGUUGCUUACAAUGAUCCAGUCUUACUUAACGCAUUAGAAGAGGGCAAGGAAGGUGCAGCAUCUUCUCCGUUCGUUAUAGGAAUUCAAAAUGCAGGGAUUAAGGUAUUACCACAUAUUAUUAAUGCAUGUAUUCUUUCAAGUGCGUGGUCUGCAGGUAAUUCUUUUAUGUUUGCUAGUUCAAGAUCGUUGAUGACAAUGGCACACAAUGGGAGUGCACCAAAGAUUUUCUGCAAAGUUAAUAGAUUUGGCGUACCUUACUAUUCAGUUGGUUUAUCAGCCAUGCUAUCAUGUCUCGCAUUUUUAAAUGUAUCUUCAUCUACCGCUCAGGUUUUUGAUUGGUUUUCGAAUAUUAGUACAAUUUCGGGUUUUUUAGGUUGGAUUUGUGCAAUCAUAGCUUAUUUACGUUUUAGAAAAGCCAUAUUUUACAAUAACAUGUACGAUAGAUUACCAUUUAAAACCUUUGGACAGCCAUAUUUAAUUUGGUAUUCCUUACUAGUUAUUAGCGUUAUUACAUUAACAAAUGGUUAUCAGACAUUUAUUCCCAGGUUUUGGAGUGGAUCUGAUUUUGUUGCUGCCUAUAUCACUCUUCCAUUGUUUCUGAUCUUGUGGGUUGGUCACAAGUUUUGGGCUAGAUAUAAACAUGCAGUUCCCUUAUUAAAAUUAUAUUAUCCAGUUGAUGAGAUAGAUGUAAUUACUGGAUUGGCCGAAGCUGAAGAAGUGGCAGAAAAACUAGAUAUGAAUAGAAUCCCCCCUUCUACGUAUUGGGGGAAAUUCAUUAAUUGGUUGUUAUAA